AUGAGCGCGCGUCGCACGCUUCGCGCGCGCGCCUCUCGCCAACACGCGCACAGAUUCGCGCUUCUCGUGCUGCCCGUUGUACUCACUAUCGCUCAAAUACGGGGCGAGCGUUUGUCAGCCGUCGAUCGGCUCGAAAACGUCACGCAUACCGUAACACGUAUAUUGGACGGCUACGACAUCCGCUUACGGCCUAAUUUCGGAGGCGACCCUCUGUACGUUGGCAUGGAUCUGACGAUCGCAAGUUUUGAUGCGAUAUCAGAGGUUAAUAUGGAUUACACAAUAACGCUUUAUCUGAAUCAGUACUGGAAAGAUGAAAGGUUGGCCUUCGGUCUGCCGGAUGAGGUCCUGACUUUAUCGGGGGACUUCGCCGACAAGAUUUGGGUGCCAGAUACGUUUUUUGCUAAUGACAAAAAUAGCUUCCUCCACGACGUGACGGAGCGCAACAAACUGGUGCGACUUGGCGGCGACGGGAGCAUCACCUACGGCAUGCGCUUCACAGCCACCCUGGCCUGCAUGAUGGACCUCCACUACUACCCGCUGGACAGCCAGAACUGCACCGUCGAGAUUGAAAGCUAUGGGUACACGGUGUCCGACGUGGUCAUGUACUGGAAGGAAACACCGGUGCGGGGCGUGGAGGACGCGGAGCUUCCGCAGUUCACUAUACUGGGACACGAGACUAAUGACAGAAAGGAGAAAUUGGCGACGGGCGUAUAUCAGCGGCUGUCGCUGAGCUUCAAGCUACGAAGGAACAUCGGCUAUUUCGUAUUCCAGACUUAUUUACCGAGUAUACUUAUCGUGAUGCUCUCGUGGGUGUCUUUCUGGAUAAACCACGAGGCUACUUCAGCCAGAGUUGCUUUAGGCAUAACCACAGUGCUAACGAUGACGACGAUUAGCACGGGAGUUCGAAGCAGCCUUCCUCGUAUCUCCUACGUGAAGGCGAUCGACAUCUACUUAGUGAUGUGCUUCGUGUUUGUAUUCGCUGCGUUACUCGAGUACGCCGCAGUAAACUACACGUACUGGGGCGCGCGGGCCAGGAAACGUGCGAAGUUAAAGAAUCGCGAGCAGAUGUCUACUAGCACGAGUGUGGAGAAGGACUUGAAGUGUUCUACGGGCUCACGGUCUCCUGAAGAGAUCAUAGCCCUCCGAGAGUGCACAAGCAGCGCUGGGCGAGUGUCCCCACUGCUGGGACUGCGCUCGAAGCCGCUGCCCGCGACCACGGGGGCGCCACCCUCGCUCCGCAUCCAGCGGGACCACACUCAUCUGCGGUACCGCACGCGGCCGCAUUCCAGAACUUCCAAAAACGGUUCUACAGGCAAGCCGAAAAUGAUCCACGCCCUGCGUCGUGGAGCCACUGUUAUCAAAGCGUCCAUGCCAAAAAUUAGAGAUGUUAAUGUCAUUGACACAUAUUCACGCGUGAUCUUCCCUGUCUGCUUCCUCGUAUUCAACGCGGUAUACUGGGUCUUCUACAUUAUUGAUUAAUUAUAAAAAAAUAAUAAAAAUCACAGUGAGUUCGUGGCGUAAAGUAUUAGAGCCAAAUCCAUUUCACGUCCCUAGUGGAAAAUCAAAAUACUAUUAUCACACAGUUGUAAUUUUUUACUCUAAAAGGGGUUUCAAAAGCAGACAUUAAGGACGAUUCCCGUAACAUAUCCCACAAGAAAAUAAUUAGGAAUAAAAUUAACAAGGAGUACUUAGUAAAAUAAAUAUUGACAAUUAUUAAGGCACGAUCCAUUCCAAUAAUUAAUAUAUCUAUAUUUUAACAAUAAUUGCUAUAAGAUUCACAGCAUUAUGAAACAAAAACAUAGAGAACAUACAAUACUAUGUAAAUUUUAAAUCGAAUUUUGUUGUUUAAGUACUUAAGUGUUCAGGAAUGUAAUGAGAAGUUCACAUACAAAAUAACAUGAUAAGAAUUGGUGAUUAUUAUUGUGAUCGGAGAAUACGUGCCAAAAGUGAGGCCAAAGUUCAAUGUUAAUACUUUAGUAGUGCUAAAUGUCAGUAGAUUAGCUCAUUUGCAUGUAACUAAACUGCCAAUCACAUUUUAAUAAAGAGAGAAUAAACGCAACAAAAGGGAAGCGAAUGAUUAUUAUGAAUGCUUACACUCUACUAUACUAUACACUGUCCUAUUAGGUAUCGAAUGAUCUUCAAAUAAUCUAUGUGUAAUAUUAAUCGUGGAAUAAAAAGUAAUAAUUAUGGUGCAAACAAGUUCUAAUACCAAUUUACAUUAUAAAUGUAUUAAAUUCAAACGAAGCAUACUGACUUUCUCGGUCUAAUUCUUUCAUAGAUAUUGUAUAAAAUACUUGAAUUUUUCUUUAGAUAAUAAAUAACUAAUUUAACAUAACUGUAAAAAAGCGUU